UUUAAUGUUUAUGCGGAGUACGUAGAACUUUACGCUGACGUGAGAAUGGGGAAGAAGAAGAAAAGGGCGAAAUGGGUUCAGCAAACAGUCCGUCCAUUGUUGCUACCUUUGGUGCCGUGUCAAGGUACGUCGGCUGCUGUGACUAGCACAUCUGGAGGAGCAGAAAGUGCAGCAGCUCCAGAAAAAGUAAUACAGGAGGACCUUACUGAUGAAGUGAGUGAAGUGGACUUUACGAACGAAGUGACAGAGGUGGAAGAUACGAACGAUGAGAUAGACGUUCUUGGUAAAAAUGCUGUCCGCUUACUAGCUGCACAUCCUAAUAUUCUGUCAAAUGCAACACCCAACAUCUGGCAUAAAAUUACAGUGAAACCAGCUGGGGGUGACAAAGUAGCUAUUCUCGAUGCCAUCAACAGGCAAAUUUCUCCACUGGAGCUCAUUCCGUAUUUUUUUUGCAUGGAGCGUGGACAUAUAACAUUCCUAGUGAAUAACUGCAGUGCUGCACUGGCAGCAUUGUUCAAACAGAACCUGAGAGUGCCAUUUUAUCCUUUUAAGCAACGUGAAUUGGUACUCCAGCUUCAUUCCAAGAAAGUGAACCUCUCUGCAGUUCUGCAGAAAAUUAUCAGUAAAAGGCUAAAUUCUGAGAAAACGGUCUUAGACCUGUCAAACCUGAAUAGCAUUCCUGAGUAUCAGCAAGUGAUGUACGACCCAUCAAAAAGCUCUCAUUUACAGCAGCAGUUGCUGAAAAAUGCACAGGUAAUGGCUCCGAACCUCAUCAGCCUCUGCCUAGCAGGAAAUGAGCUGUCGACACUGAGCCACCUCACCCCAGUCUUUGCGGAUAAAACCAAAUGGAGGUCACUAAAAGUAUUAGAUCUGAUGGACAACGAGAUCCAGACAGCUGGUGUGCUGCCGACCUUUAAUUCUCUGCCUAUCACAGAAUUUUACUUGCACAAAAAUCCUGUGUGUGGGAAAUAUAAAACACGUGAGGCGUACACGAGCAUCGUCACAGCGAACUUCCCCCGUCUCAUUAAGUUGGAUGGGACGUACGUGCCGCACAUGCCAGGCUUACCACAGUGGCGUCCGAAUUACAUUUUCUGUAGCAGCCACGGCGACUCGAGUGAGCUCGCUGACCAGUUCAUCGAGUACUUUUUCACCCUGUACGAUGGUGAGGUUCGGACGGGGCUUCAAGGCUUGUACCAUGAGGACGCCUACUUCUCUCUCUCUAGCACGUACUAUGCUGGACAGAGCACAGCAACCAGUAAGGGGCUGAGCCCCUACAUAGCACAGAGUGGCAACAUCUUACAUAUGUCUAACAAACAGAAUACAAAAAUUGCACUAUGCCAUGGGGCGAAGAAUAUCCUCACAAAACUUCAGGUGCUGCCACAGACCCAACAUGACCCAUACUCCUUCACUGUGGAUGUCCUACAUCAUUCCGAGAUAAAGACUAUAUUGACAGUUACAGGGGUGUUCAAAGAGCUAACACCAAAACAAGACGAAUCGCCUCGACAUUUUAUGCGUACCUUUGUCCUUGUCAGACUAGCGAAAGAGGAAUACCAGAUAGUUAAUGACAUUGUGCACGUUACAAAUGCGGCAACGGGAGAAGCAGAGAAUGCAUUUAAAUACCCAAAGCCAGAUACAGUCCUAAAGAAAAUCAGGCCACCGAGGGAGGUGACAGAGAGUGAUAAAAAUUCUAUGAUUGAAAAGUUUUCACAGCUUACCGACUUGACAGCUGAGUGGUCACGCAGCUGCCUGGAUACUGCUGACUGGGACUUAAGAAGAGCUCUCCUAUUAUUCAUUGAAAUGUACAAAGCAGAUACAAUUCCAGCAAGUGGAUUCAGAAAACCAAAAGAAGCAGCGAAAUCUUGAAAGCGAGAAAGCUUUCUUCCCUAUUAGAGUAUAUGUGUCUGCAUAGCGUAUGAAGCAGCGACUGAGAAACAUUGCACGCUUUGUGAAUGUGGUAAUUGUUAUUACAGAAAAAGAUGAUGAAAGUUAGUUUUGAGACCGAUUAACUGAGGUACAUCUGGUGAAAGUUAGUUUUGUGACUGACUAACUGAGGUACAUCAGCAGGGAACAGAGUGCAGAGAGCAGUUAAUAUGAUGUUCGUUGUAUCCAAAGGAAAAUUCAACCGAAAGAACUCGUAAACUAUGGGCAAAAUAACUGUCCAAUAUUUGCUUCAAAGAAGUGGUACACACACAAAAGUAAAAGUACACAACACUGUCCUAGCUUUUGGGAUGUGUGCGUAUGUGGGCACGAGCACAUAUGCGGACACACGCAGGCACGUUGCACAAUUUGUCUGAAAGUUAGCAAACUUUCAGUCAUUUUUGUGUGGCUGUCAAUGAAUCACCGCUUCUACUGUCCAGUGAGUGGUGUCCUUUACUCCUAAAUUAUGUACAAUCUCUCUUCAACUAUAUUUGACCUGUGGCCACUGGACAUUUAACUGUCAAUAAUUCGAUGUCAGACACAGCACUCGUAGCAGAUCUCGCUUCGCAGCAGAUAAAACAGUAGAGCCCUUAAGCUCACAGUUUACACCAAACUGCAGUAAGACGGCCAAGUCUUCAGACAACUCAAGUUUAUCAAGCAUAACCUGGUACCUGGCAAUUUUGCUUCAGCUCGGAACCCUACAUAACUUAAAGUAUCAUUGAUUGUUCGUCAGUAUUAAUUUGUUACGUGUUGUACUCAUAUUAUCUACAGCGGGAAGCCAAUGGUCCAAAAUGGGGAGCUGUGAGAUGUGUAUGCUUGCCCGUCACUGCUGCCUUGGCCGUGCACUGGCACUGCUCUUGACACCCAGGGUCCUCUGAAACAUCAUCCAAACAAAUUACCAGCAGUAGCUGUCGUAACAUCAAAACAUCCGACAGUUAAUUACUCAAAAUAGAUCUGAGCAUAAUUGUUUUUAGACACACUCUGUUACAUAUUACUUUGACAUCACCUGCAGACACACUUACAUGGGCAACUUUGGAUCCUCACACUAGAUCUUGCCUCCCUCUCAUCCUGCAGUCUUGAAUGAACCGCAUUCCCUUUUAACUUUCCACAACCUAUUUCUCUCUCCUACCCCAAGGGAAAGAACUAAUUGUUCUGAAAGCUAGUAUAGUGUUAUGUACAUUUCUUUAUAUACAUGUGUAUUGGCAGUACUAAAUAUAUCGCCUCCUGAAAGUUAUUACUGGCUAGUAAUUCUGUCAGGUAAUUUAAUGUAAUAUCCAUUACAUUGCAUGUAAAUAAACUGUUUCUUAUGUGAAAUCAGUCUAAAAAUAAAACCUACAAUCAAAUUAAAAUGUAUGUCUUGUUCAUAUGUUACAUACAGAUACUUUUUCUGCAUGUACAUACAUUAUAUGAAUUACACACAGCGUAUCCCAGGAGUCUCUGGGAUGUGCAACAUGAAAAUUUCAUUGUAAUUCAGUAUAAUAAAAUUCUGGAAAUGUGUAA